UGGGUUAAAUUUAUUUCCUUCUUGCAGCUGUGCAACAAAUUCCGAGACAAAGGAAGAGGUUGCAAUCAAGAGAAUUGCAAAUGCAUUUGACAACAGGAUUGAUGCUAAAAGAACCCUACGCGAAAUCAAACUGCUUUGCCAUAUGGAUCAUGAGAAUGUUAUUAAAAUUAAGGAUAUCAUACGUCCACCAGAGAAAGAUGAGUUCAAUGAUGUGUAUAUUGCAUAUGAACUUAUGGAUACCGAUCUGCAUCAGAUAAUACACUCUUCCCAGGAACUCACAGAUGAUCAUUGCCAGUAUUUUCUGUAUCAGUUGUUGCGGGGACUGAAAUACAUACAUUCUGCAAAUGUAUUGCACCGAGAUUUGAAACCAAGUAACUUGCUUCUCAAUGCAAACUGUGACCUCAAGAUUUGUGACUUCGGGCUUGCAAGAACUACCUCAGAGACAGAUUUUAUGACAGAAUAUGUUGUAACUCGUUGGUAUAGAGCUCCUGAAUUGUUGCUCAACUGCUCAGAAUACACUGCAGCCAUUGAUAUUUGGUCUGUUGGUUGCAUCUUAAUGGAGAUUCUUAAGAGGGAACCACUGUUUCCAGGUAAAGACUAUGUCCAGCAGCUGCUGCUUAUAACAGAGUUGUUAGGUUCACCAGAAGAAUCUGAUCUCGGAUUCCUGAGGAGUGAGAAUGCUCGAAAGUAUGUCAAGCAACUCCCUUGUGUCCCAAAGAAGCCUUUCUCACACAAGUUCCCAGAUGCGUCCCCAAUAGCCAUUGAUCUUGCGGAAAGGAUGUUAGUUUUUGAUCCAUCUAAACGCAUAACCGUUGAGGAAGCAUUGAAUCAUCCAUUUUUAUCGGGUCUCCAUGAGAUCAAUGAGGAGCCAACUUGCCCAUCUCCUUUCAUCUUUGAUUUUGAACAAUCAUCUUUGAGUGAAGAGGACAUAAAGGAGCUCAUAUGGAGGGAGUCCCUCAACUUCAGCCCGGAUGAGUAAUCACAACGAUUUUCUUCCGUGUUUCUAUCGUUUAGUUCAUUAAACUCUUGAGUGUUUGAUUUUGGAUUGGAUGGUGAGUACAUAUAUAAUAUGUGAUUUGAGUUUUGGUACAAGCAGAGUGGUCAAGGAGAUAGGUUCUUCAAUGUAUUGACUGGCUGCUGGGAGGCUGUGGUUGUUGGUAUAAUAUUGGGGCUUUGCUUCAUUCUCUCUUCGAGAGUCUGCCCCAUGAUGAAUUUGUAUGCAAAAAAGAAGGUUAUUAGCCUAGCCUUCAUUUUUUAUUUGUAUUGUAUAUUUUGAAUUGAGUUUUAUUAAUACAAUAGUAGAAAAUAGAAAAUAAGAAAGUACUCAUGCUGCUAUUUCAUUUAAUUCCUAUUAA